UCGAAUCAGUCGCCCUCCAGCCACCGCCCCAGAUACGAGUAAAACAUUUCCCUGGUCCUCCCUUUUUUCGCACGGCUACGUCGAAUACGCUUUCCGGAUUCCUUGAAGGAAACUUCGCAAGAAGAUCAUCGUCUUCGUUUCGCAUACGAUAUCUUAUCAGAUUUUUUAAAUUGGCUUAUUAAUUCAUCAACCAAGAUGCUCAUCAGUCUUGUUCGCGAUUCCGUGUUGCAGUGUUUCUGUCAUAGCUGCAAAGCACCUAUCGGUCUUGUCGCGGCGCAAAGGAGAGGCAUGGCACCCAUGAAGAAGCCCAGCGGUAAGGGGAAGCCGCGAACUAAACAGCCGAAAAAAGUGAAAUUCAUCACGACGGAAAUUCGAUGCCAGGAGAAAUCAAAGGGUGGACUCUGCUAUGAAGUUAUUCUUGCUGAACCUACCGUGCCUAAGAGGGCACCGUCGCCACCCCAGCCAAGUCCUACCCAACAAUCAGCUAUUGAAGAUAAGCUCAGGGCGGCUGAAGAGAGAAGACUUUCUCUGGAAGCUCACAAGCUUGCUGCUCUUGCUGCUAAGCUCAGCAAGAUUGAGGAGGUUUCACGUAAGAAGGAUCUUCUCAGCGUGGCUUUCAUAACAGCUACUCGUGAGUCUUUGGAUGCCAAGAUGAAUAACACUGAGGAGAAGCGAGAGGCUCACAUUGCUGAGCUCAAAGGAAAGCUGAAGGAACACCUGGAAAGUGUUGAGAAGACUCGUCUAAGUCUGGAGCAGCAGACUGAAGAAGUACGUAGCGCUGUGGAAGAGAAGCUGAAGACUGCAGCUGCUCAGCGCGAUGAGAACAUCAAAAAAAUGCUGGAUCGUCUCAAGGAACACGAAGAACAAGUAGCUCGCGUACGUAGCGGUAUGACCGAACGUGUCCAACAGCUGGAGACCCAAAUCCAGGGUAAAUUGGACCAGGCUCGUGAACGUCGCGAGACCAUUGAACGUGAGCAAAAGGAAAAGCUCCGUAACCACAACACGGUGAAGAUAGCGAAAGCUGCGAAGAUGCGCGAGAUGGCGGAUGUGUGCGCCAUGAAGGAGCUCGAAGCGAAAAAACGCGAGUUCGACAUGAGGGUGACCACUGCCGAACUGAACCGACAGCGGGAGAUUCAGCGUCGCGUGCAGGCUAUUCGCCAGCAUGAGAGACGCGCCGAGAUUGUGAGACAGAACAAAGCAGCCCUGGCCAGCCAGGAAAUAAAGUCCGAGGAGCAAACCGCAUUGCCAGUGGAGAACGAGACUGCCAGCUCAGGCUAAGCUGCUAUCAGCAAGUCCAUCUAAAAAAAAAAAAAUAAUCUCUCGAUCUUCUUACACUUAACUUUGGUCGCAGCGUCCAGGGAUUAGUGUAAGGCGUUACGUACGUCGUGCGUUACGAAUUUCUUGCGAUAGAAAACGGCUUUUGGUGUUACCACCUCGGGUCGCGUGGUUCGCUUUCCUUUUUAUUUUUCUUCAAUAAGAUGAAGGACUCCAAAAACGGCUUCUCAAAAGAAACAAAAUCUUGGAACGGAUUGUCUAGACUUAUGGGGUAAAGCGGAGUUGUAUUUAGACAGAGAGGUGGGAAGAAGUCACUACGUUAUGAUAAAUGGAAUUUCGUGCUUGCCAUUAAGUUUCUGCCUUGCGAGAAGAUGUACGUUCGCGAAGAAGUACAAUAAGGAAAACUAAUUAUAAUAUAUGAAAGAUUCACUAAAAUAAUCAUACACGUACAUACUGCCUUCUCGUAACGUUCUCUUUGCACAGAAGACUUUACAUGAUGCGAUCGGAAAACGCACUGCCGAACGUUCAUCCUCGUUCUUGAUACUCAAAUUACAGAUCCACGCGACUUAUUUUAGAAUAACGAUGUCACGAGAGCCGUUGAAGGUCUCGAUACAUCGUUAAUUUUGCUUUUUGCGAGUCAUAAUAGAAGUAAAAAAGGAAAUGCGUUGCUGGUAACGAUAUCUCACUGAACGGUUUUUUUUUGAGAGGGGGAUCAAGCGUGAUUUUUAUGUUUAUGAUGUAAAGUGUUUGAGCAUCGAUUCUUCUCAUUCAAACACUACUAUUAUUACUACUGAAUUCGUUUUUUGUUUUGUAAUAUGUAUAACUUUUCACGCAGUUUUAUCGAAGACUAUUUUUUGUAUUGUCAUCAAGGUUUUAUUUUUAUUUUUUUCUCUUGGUAACCGUGAUAUCAUUAUCUCUAUGAUUAGUCUAUUGUGAUGUCGGCUUUGGGGGUGAGAAUUUUUAACGGCGGGGGGACUCGAAUGAAUCCAGGAGAUUCGCGGAGGAUUGGUCAUGGGUGAUCUUUCAUCGGGCGAUAAAGUAAAUUCUUGUUUCGGGACCGAUCGACUAUUCUUAUUUUUAUUUUACUUUUUAUAUCAUCGGUCUCGGCUAUUGCACAAUUUCUCCGCGGCGCUACUGUUCGAUUCGAUAGCGUAAAGGAUAGUUUACUUACCGCUACAAUUAGAUCUUAAGAGACAAGUAACACGAUAAUAUGAAUGUGUAUGUAUAUGAGUGAAUAUAUAUAUUUGUUUAUAUGUCAUAUCAGUGUUCACUGAGUAUGCAGCAUACACACAUGGCACAGCAUAUGGUAUGUGCUAUAUAUAUAUACAUAUAUAUAUACACGUAUAUAUGUACACAUAUGAAUAUAAAUAUUAUAUAGUGCUUUAUACUAGGCUUGAGAACUUUGAAACCAUUUUGUACUCGAUCAUUGUAAUAAUACUGCGCUAACUGAGAAAAAAGGUACGAAUAUGUAGUCUAAUUAUAUAUGAUAAUACGAUGCUUUUAUGAUGACUUCAAUAUUUGUUGAUAUGUCUAGUUAUAUCUAUGAGAGAAUUCUGAUACGUUUUGUGCUCGAAUCGCCACACCGUGACUACAAAAAAAGAGAAAGAGAGCAAAAGAAUAGAGAAUCAUUCCCAACCAGAGAAAGAACGCAUGAGGAUCUGUGCGAUAUUUUAUUUUCCAUGGUUUCAAUGAAAUCUGUACGUUAAUUCAGUGGCCAUGAAAGAAAAAGAUCUUUGGCUCUAGUUACGGUCGCGUCGUGUAAAAACGUAGGGAUGAUGAAGCAACAAUGACGUAUCAGUGAAGCUGCUGAUUAUUAUCACAAGGAGAUCUUAGACAUUCAGGCUAAACGUAAACGUAUUGAAAAAAAAAACAAUGAUCAAAGAUGCAAGAGUAAUACUGUGGGGAAACUGAUGAAAAAUUACAUGGCUACUGGCAAAAAAGAGAUAAAUGAAAUUAAGUAACGGAGAGAAUGCCGAUGGGGAAGGAAAAGUGGAUGGAUGCUAGUAUGAAAUAGAAAUUUUAUGACGAUCAAAAAUGGUAGCGCGCGAGCUCCCUAGCGUUUUCAUUUUACGGUUGGAUUAUGCGAUCGAAUUAUCGUUAUUUCUUUAUUCGUGAUUCGAUCAACCGUGGCUAAAAGAUGUGAGCAUAAUCGAUCGUAAUUAUUUAAAUUAUACCUACAAUAACCGAGUAUCUUGGAGGCGUUUGAGGCACGUGUGUGUGACUUUUCUUGAAAUUGCGAUAUGUAUCGGAUAAUGUCUAUUUUUGCAUAAUUGUUGUGAUCUUUUGCAAAACGUAUCUCGUAUAAUUAUUAUAUAGGUGCCGGAAGUAUGUAAUUAAUUAUUGUCUCUUCUCGCUUUACGUUUCCACACGACCUAUACAUAUGUUCAUAUAUAUAUAUAGAUAUAUGUAUACGUACGUUUAUACAGAUUUUCACGCAAUGAUGAUAAAUGAUGAUGAUCAUAUAUGGUUGCAUUGUACGUAUGGUUUCUCGUGAGCUUUGGUAUUGUCUUAGUGGAACAGAGUAAUCGAAAUGAUUCGAACAGUUUAUUGCGGGAAAGUAAAUGCAAAUAAAUACACGUUCGUAUAAAAAAAAGA